AUGACUGAAAAUGUGAAUAUUUGUACUAAAAAGCUAUUCAAUCAGUUGGCACCAACUCCUCAAAAUACACCUUCAGGAAAUAGUCUUAUAUCAAUUUCUGAUUCAAAGACAUCGUGUACAUCUCCUGGUUCUAUAACUAAGGAAAAAGAGAAUGAUCCAGCAUCAGUUCAAAAAGUUUUAUCUCGAAAUCCUGGUUUAGUUUCUAUGGUUCAGGGGAAGUUGAGUUCCUUGGUAGGAACGUCAUCUGGAUAUAUUGAAUCUCUACCGCAAGAGGUCCAUCGCCGGAUAGAAGGUCUUCAAGGACUACAAGCGGAAUAUGCAAAGCUUGAAAUAGAAUUUCAGGAUGAAAUCAUGGCAUUGGAGAAAAAAUAUCAUGAAUUGUAUCAGCCAUUGUAUAAUAGACGAUCGGGAAUUAUUAAUGGCGUAUUGGAGCCAACAGAUGAAGAAGUGGAGACAGGCCGCAAGUUUGGGAAAUCUUAUGAUAAGGACUCUAAUGCAUGUGAUGCUACGGAUGUUAAGCCUGUUCUUGAGGAUUUUAGGGGUAUUCCUUGUUUUUGGUUAACAGCAAUGAAAAAUAUUUCAUCAUUGGCUGAAAUUAUUACACCAGAGGAUGAAAAGGCAUUAUAUUGUUUAACAGAUAUUCGUAUGUCGUAUCUGGAUAAACCUGGAUUUAGACUGGAAUUUUAUUUUUCAGAUAAUGAAUUUUUUUCUAAUAAAAUGAUUAGCAAGACAUACUUUUAUAGAGAUGAAUUAGGUUAUAAUGGUGAUUUUAUUUAUGAUCAUGCAGAAGGAGAUAAGAUUGACUGGAAAAAUAAUAAAGAUUUAACUACGAAAGUAGAAAUUAAAAAACAACGUAAUAAAAAUACGAGGCAGACGCGUGUUGUAAAGAAAGUUGUACCAAAGGAUAGUUUUUUUAGAUUUUUUCAGCCACCUGCACUCUUUGAUCAAGAUGAUGAUUCAGAUAUUGAUAAUCGACUUGAAGCAGAUUAUCAAUAUGGUGAAGAUAUUAAAGAAAAACUUAUUCCUAGAGCAAUUGAUUGGUUUACUGGUGCUGCUUUAGCCUACGAAGAAGAAUAUGAUGAUAAUUCUGAUCAAGAUUAUACAGAUGAAGAUGAAAAUGAAGAUGAAGAAGAUGAGGAUGACGAAGAAGAUGAUGAUGAUAAUGAAGACAACGAAGAUGAUGAUAGUAAGUUGAAUCGAGAUAAUAAGCCAAAACACGAUCCGGCUGAGUGUCGUCAAUCAUAA